AUGGAAGCCAUCUGGCGCUUUCACCACGAGACCUGGGACGAGCCCUGGUCAUCGGAUGAUUUUCCGGCGGGUGAAAGCGAAAAGGAAAUUGAUCAGAGACUUCGCAACCUAGGUCAGAGCCGUGACAAAGAACUCACUUCUCAAUGGCCAUGGGGAUAUACCAUCUACUGCACCGUUUAUACCCCAAAAUCUGACCAGCACUGGGAUGCCCUUCUCGAAGCGAUACCCAAGAAUACCUACACAGGCUUAGGCCCAGAUCUCCAUGACGAUGAGCCAUCCCGAAUCUUCAAAGAGGGAUACCGCCCUCUAGUUUUCAAUGAUCCUGCUCAGUUCGACGGUGCAACUCUAGACGAGAUCCUUAUUGAUGAAGGCGCUUUACAAUCUAUUAACCGCCACCCUAGUUGGGUCACGGUGGUAGACCCGAAUUACCGAGGAGGCAGCAGUUACAACACGCAAUACUACCCAGGAUAUUUCCGCUUAUAUCUGAGUGAUCUCUGGAGCCUUACUCGUAUUGGGCGCGCUUUCGGGCUGGAUGAUGUCUGUGGAAGAAUGAAAGGACCCAAUGACGUUCCCUGGUUUGAUUCUGAUAUGUAUUAG